AAACCUUUAGAGCAUCACAGGACACUAAAACUCUCAGCUGAAAACAGACUAAUGCCAUCUCUAAAGGGUUUGCUGCUCUUUGUCACUUCACUCCAGUGUUGGAGAAACUCUGACUUUGUUUUGCUUAACAGAAGGAACAUUCUGCCACAGAUGAACGACGCCUACCUGAGGAGCUGUCAUAGAGGAAACGACUCGCUGUGUCCCAUUUUCAAACUGGGAGACAUCAUUCGAGAGGCUGGAGAAAAGUUCUCUGUAAUUGCAGUAGAGGGAGGAGUCAUCGGCAUCCUGAUCAAAUGGGACUGCAACCUGGACCGGCUCAUGCAUCGCUGCCUGCCCAAAUACUCCUUCAGACGGCUGGAUGAGAAAGAGAGCAACAAGACGCUCUACCCCGGUCUUAACUUCAGGUAUGCAAAGUACAACACAGUAAAUGGAGUGGAGGUUCGAACGCUGUACAAAGCAUUCGGGAUCAGGUUUGAUGUCAUGGUGUCGGACAG